AUGACAGACGCGGCUUCUUCGUUGCGUCAGGCGGCGCUUAUGACUCUCAAGCGUAAAGCUGCUGCUGCGAGUGCGGCACCGACGCACCCGAUGGGGAUGUUGCGCGGUUCGCCGUCGAUUCAGCUCGACUAUGGCGCCGGCGACGACGACGAGCCUGCGCCUGCUCCUGUCCCUGAACCAGCUCCCGCAAUUAUUGAAGAUAAGCCUGAAGCUGACUCGCCACCGGAGACGCGAGAGGAGGGGGAGAUAUCGGACGAAGAGAUGCAAGAGCCGCCACCGAGCCCGCCCGUGCCCCCAACGCCGACCCCCGGCGACCUCGAGCCUCGAUCCGCGCACGCUCUACAAGCCCACCCCAGUCUCCCGCCGCGCCCUACAUCUACAACAAUAAACAGCGCGUCAUCCAAAGUCCCCCCUCGUCUCAAAGACAAGACAGGAGCACAGGACGACGCCUCCCCCACUCCAAAGCUCCCCUUUCAGCUCGACGAGCAGCACGUCCGGCCCGGUCUCGCGCUCACGCAGGCGCAGUACGACUCUGCGAAGGAUAUUGUGCUCGAUUUGCUCGGGUGGGGCGUGCCGCCGGAGUACCUCGUCGACUGCGGACUGUCGCGCAAUCUCGUCUACUACGUCUUUGCAGAGCUCAACCUCCGCAUGCCUGCCAAUCUCGACACUUCUGGCAUCGUGCCCUAUCCACCGCCACCGGAGAUGCUGGCAAAGUGGCUGCAGGCGGUGGAGGCGGAGAAGAACAGGGUUGAUGAUGUUGCUGUCGAGGACAAGGGGAAGGGGAAGGAGGUCGUCGAUGAUGAUACGCCGAGCUUGUUGGCGCGUAUCAGCGACAUGCCGGUUGCUGAAGUUGCCCCGGCGCCGACGCUGGAGGAAAUGGAGGAACAGCGCCGGAGGGAGUUGAUGGCCCGUAAAGCCGUCCAAGCGAGCCGAAAACGCAAGGAGUCGACAAUGCCGUCCACCGCUCAGCCGCCGGCAAAGAAACUCACUCCCGCACCGCCGAGCCUCGUUGAGCGCAUCCAGCAGAUAACAGAUGCCGAACGUCGGCCCCUUCCGGUGGCAGCAACAGACAGCGUCGACGACUUCUUACGGUCUAUCGCGCCCAUCCCACUCACGUCAAACGUGGACAUGCCGCGCACGGCCUCUCCUGAACUCAUGGAUGUCGACGACGGCGAGAUACCCGGUCUCAGUCGCAGCAACUCUGUCACAAGAGCACGAAGCACAAGUGCAGCUCCAGCGUCUAUUACGUCUACAUUAACAGCGCCACCGCCCGCCUCUGGAUCAGCCCACAGCAAAAGCUCAACGCCAACGCCAACACUCGCUGUUGGACCCACGGGCACUCUCCCAGCCUCACCCAUACCCACUCGUCCCGCACGCCGCGCCAAAAGACCCGUCGCAGCCGACUUCGUCGACGACCCAGCCCCGCCCCCACAACCCGCGCAAACCCGACCGGCCCCAACUUUGCCCUACCUCCGCCGCGCGCAAUCCCAAUCACGAACCGAAGUCCAAAGCCCCUUCGCAGCGCUCAGCCAAGCGCCGGCACAUUGCAGCUUCAUAUGGGAGAGCGACUCCGACGCUGGCGAUGAUGCGCCCAGCUCGAGUGCGAAGUCGACGCUUUCGGUUGCUGCGCCUGCGUUUACGCCUAGAGGUGGUGGUGUAAAUGGGCUGGGGAACGGUGCUGGGAGUGGUGCUGGGACGGGCGCGAAUACGCCCAGUGCGGCAGAUCUGGAUAGGGAUAUUGAGAAGUUGCGGGCGAUGAUUAGGGAGAAGGAGGAGAUGAAGCUGAAGAGUCGGCUUAGCGGGGUUGCGCCACCGACUGCAGCCGGAUCCGGCCGGUCUACGCCUGUGACGGCCGCUCCAACUGCGACGGCACCGAUGCCGGCUCCCGCUGUCAAGCAAGAGGCCGUUGACGAGGAGGAUGUGCCCAUGACUGGCGACGGCGAAGGCGAAGGCGAGUCGGGCGCCCAAAUAAACAAUUCAACGCCGCAAGAGGAGGAUCGGAGUUCUGUGAUGUCUACGCCUAACGGCUCGAGUGUUCCGUUGCCUCAAGAUCAAGGCGAGUGGUUUCUUGACGUCGACUAUCUGAACAGGUGUCGCUGA